CUCUGCUAUCGCUCGAACAGCAUCCGCGGGGACCGCGCGCCGCUUAGUUCUCCUCCACCUGUCCGCCGCGUCGAAAUACUCGAGGUUUUCGAGUAUUUCGAGAACACGCGGCCCAUCCUCCUCUUCUGCGCUGCGACUGCGACCGUCCACGCACCGCGUCUCGCUUCUUUUUUUUCCUCUCACCUGUGCUCUCCCGUUGCCGCAUCGUGUCCCCUUUCCUCCGGCCCUCGUUUCUCCCCAAACGGCACCUCGAACGAACAGGAGCUCGAUCGCGAGGACCCCGAAGAAGUUCGCCGAAGAAGCAUCGAGGAACUCUCGAGGGACCCUCGAAGAACUCUCUGGUCGACGAUUAAAAAAGUCGAAGACCAUGAUCGGGACGGAAGUUCGUCGAAAGUCGAGGAUUGAAAUUUAAAGAAGGUGGUGGCCAGAGGCAGGCAGGCAGUCUCCGAAGUGGCCGGAAGCGGAGGGAACUGGAGAGAGAUUGAUCUGAGUUCAGAUGGGAGGAAAGCUGGGAAAUAUUGCCGGAGAUGACGGGGGCGGCGAAUCGAGCGCGAUCGGAGGCUCGAUUGGGAGAAGUUCGGCCUGAGAAGAUCGCUGUCGAAGCCGCCGAGAUUUCGGAAGUUGCGCGAGGAUCUGGUCACGCGGGAAUAUGGGAACGGCUUCGGGAGAAGCUUCGGCGAUCGGGAACCGUGUAAGAUGAGCGAAGUAAAUAGGAACGGACACUUGUGUGGGACGCGGUCGUGGACGUGCGCUGGUAAAACGCGCUGAUGCGGGACUGCGGAAACUCGGAGAUCGUAAUUGGCGCGAUGUCGUUCCAUUGGAAAUCGUCCGAAAUGAAAGCAGUGCGGGUAAAAAUAGUCGAGAGGGAGAAGAGUGAUUGAUGCAGUAUUCACGACGGCCUAAUAUCGCGCGGUACAGGACGGUGGUCGGGUUUCGUAGGCGGAACAGUGAUAAAGUGAUCGAUCGAUCGACCGGUUGGUGUUCCUUUCGAUGUAUGUAUUUCGGGAAGACUGUACGAGAGGAACGCCAGUUUCUCCAGUGACCGGCGAGGAUUUCGGUGUCGAAUCGAAUUUGUCAGUGUCGUCGAUCCCCGUGGUCUUUCCUCCCCCCGCUCUUUUGUCUCGAUCGAAGAUAGAUCGUUCGAUCUUUCAGUGUCCGCAAAUCGUUGCCCGAACAAAUUCGUUCGCUAUUUGCCAGGAUUCAACCGGUUUGCGUCUUUUCGUUGCAUCGGUUGCAUUAACAAAAUUGAGCACGAGGAACGUUGGCGCACAGCUGGCGAAGGUGUAGAGUUUCGUCUAAUCGUCCGGUGGGCAGUGGGUGAGCGAGAUAAGAGCGGGAACAAGAGCAAGAAGCAAGAGCACUAAAGCGCGGCGACGAGCGCGUGCCGUGCGUGUCUGGGCAAUAGCGAGAGCGCACCGAAAUGCCUUCGGUAUGACGCGUGUGCACGGCAUUCCGUGAGAGAGGAAGUGACUCUAAUAAAUCUCAAUCAGAGGAUUCAACGUCUGCAACGUCGGCGAUGCUGAAGAAUUCGAUGACGAGGCAGCAGCAGGGGUCGGCGGGCGUCGCGGACGUUGCCGGGCCGAAUUCGGUCCCCGGAAGCCCGUCGUCGCCGGCCGUCGACUGCACCCCGAAGCCGCGGAAGAAGCUGUCCUUCAAGGAGCCGGAGAUCCUGAACUACCUCCGCUCGAAGAAACCGUUCGCGAAGCCGAAGCCGAAGCCGAGGCCGCCGCCGCUGCAGCUGGCGCGCACGACGACGCCCACCGUCGACUUCAGCUUCGAUGAGAACCCCUUCGAGGAGGAGAACGAUGACCUCGAGGAGCUCGAGAGUCAAGCGAUGAGGGUGGUCAGGACGGUAGGACAAGCAUUCGAGGUGUGCCAUAAAUUAAGUAUAAACAACGCGGCGGAAGACCGGGACAGAGGGGACAAGGAGAGGGAGAGAGACCACGGGGAGAAUCACCGUGACGUUUACGAGGACCAAGACGAAAUACCGAAUGAGCAGUCGCAGCCGUCGCCGUCUUCUGUGCACAAAGAUAUAUCGCUGUUAGGUGAUCCGGAUGAUUCUGUCCCGGAAAAGACAACCGUUCCCUGUCUUCUCAGGUCGCACGAGAUCCCAGCGACCACCGCGUCUACCUCGCCGAUUAGACAAUCGCCACCGGGCACGGUAACCUCCGACUGCGGAGGAUUACUCGUUGGGGGCGAAUUAACUGCUCUGAAGCAUGAGAUACAACUGUUGCGGGAGCGGUUAGAGCAACAGAGUCAACAAACCAGAGCCGCCGUUGCCCAUGCGCGAUUGCUUCAGGAUCAGCUUGCAGCUGAAACAGCAGCUCGUGUCGAAGCUCAAGCAAGAACACAUCAGUUGUUGGUGCAAAACAAAGAGUUGUUGGAGCACAUAGGCGCGCUGGUCGGCCAUCUUCGAGAACAAGAACGUAUCUCGAGCGGUCACGUCAGCUCGCAGUCGCAGAUGCCUGGUUCAACAACGAUACAACAAACGACCACGGUUCCCGACCUGUCGAACCUCGGCCAGUGCCAACGAACAGGAGGACAGGGUUCACCAUGGGAAUUGGAUCCGCCAUCCCCCUACUGUUCUUAUCCUCCGGACUCCUUGUACUCUGGCAACCUGAAUACGCUGGGGAUUCAAGCAAACAGCAGCACCGAGCAACUGCAGUUUCAGACGCAGCUGUUAGAGAGGUUGCACAACAUAAGUCCGUAUCAGCCUCAAAGGUCACCGUACAAUACACCAUCUCCAUAUGCGAUGGGUCCUAGUCUCCUGCUACCACCCAGCAGCAGACCAUCUAACUCAGCCCAGCUGUCUCCGUGUUCCAUGUCACUGCGGGUCUCCCAACCGAACAGUUUCUCGUCGUCGCCUAUAAUGACGCAUAAGUCAGAGAAUUACGGGAUGAACCUGGAGGUUCAGGACGCGAAGUCGACGUUCAUAAGACCUUUACCAUGCUCCGGUGAAAGGAACGCUGUACACCUGGCCCAAGAGAUACUGGGCAAGCAGGAAAGAAUCAAUCUGCACGACGAGAUACCGCCGAUUGUGCUGGAUCCUCCGCCUCAAGGUAAACGGUCGGAAGCUGCGGGCAAACGAACGAUGCUGAAAGAAAAAAAUUCGACCAACCAGAUAGCGAACAACAAGAGUCCCCAAAAUCAGAAGAACCUAGCGACCAUAUUGAGGACACCUGGACCACCGCCGUCGCGCACCACCAGCGCGCGUCUGCCCUCUAGAAGCGAGCUGAUGUCCGAGGUGCAGCGUACCACUUGGGCUCGGCACACGACCAAGUGAAGAGUUUCUUUCCAAAAGUAGCCUUCACGAAGAUUUCAAAUAUCCUCUACAUAUCAUAUCUCAGGUAGAAUAAUUUAAGAACGUCUUUUCGGAGUAUUUAAGAAAAGGAACCGACCAAUUGAAACACGAUCGUUCGCGCUUGUAAUACUGAAGCUAGCGAAAUUAGAGGGAACACGAUUAAGAGUUUAUGGAGUUUAUUGUAUUCAGCUAACGCGUCGCAUUCUUAUCUGUCGUUCUACCUGAGUGCAUACGUUGUUAAAAGCUAGGGAUCGAGUAAUAUAAUUGUUGCGAGGAAAACGCGGCAGGGUGUUUAUAUAGGACAUGGAAUGUUAGUUUUUGAUGUGGUAUAGGAGGAAAUGUUGGUUUCGAAUUUUCGUUCACAAUGGUUUCGUUUGCGCUGUAACGUUAUCAGUUUCUACUAGCAUACGCGUUACUCCGUUGCGCAGCAUUUAUGACAAAUCUUAGAUCCCCGUAGGCAAUUGUUUAGCUUCCGAGAGGAUCGAGUAGAAAGUGUACCCGUUAGACGACCACGUGCAAGACUGGAAGGAGGAAACCGAUGCUAGUGGCACGACGGAUAAUAUCGAUACGAACUAGUGAUCCUUUUAAACUGUCAAGCUUGUGCCAAAAAAAGGAUGGAGAGCUCCUGGGAGAAUUUAUUUUCGCUAGACCGGAGGAAAACGUUUGUGAUCAACAUAUGGUAAAGACGAGUGUACAUACAUGAAGCGUCGUUCUUGUACAUAUUGCUGGACCUCGAGCACUUUGUAUAAUGGACAUUGUAUCGUGGACGGUAUAUUGGAUUUAGGGUAAUAUUGCCACAGGGCAGGAGCGCGUUGUAUAAAAAAAAAGUGUACUUUUGUAAUAUACGUAACUUCGAUGUAGCACUUACGGUAUUCUGUUAGUAUAGUUUCGUCAAUGUGGCGAGAAAUACAUUGAAUCCGUGAUGCUCGACUAAAAGAUUGAUAAAUACAGAUCUUCCUUGCGCACCACAUUCGAACAAUAAUUAAGAAGUGUAAAGUAAGAUUAGCCCUUGACUGCUCAGGUGGAUUCGAAAGUACGCCAAAGUUUGUCCAUUGUUAAAACUCUACAUUUCCAGUAGUAAUGUUCGCAAGAACAUUAGAAAAAAGAAAAAUCAAUCAGCUUGCAUUCGAAUAAACAGAAUCGAUACAAUUUUGUUUAUAGCAAAAUUAAUUAUUGCUUUAAGCAAACUCCACCCUGGCAGUUUAAGUGUACAAAAGUGAAUCGAGUUAAUCGGUGCGGAAAACGUUGGAGCUUUCAGAAUAGGGUGGAAGUGUAUUGGAACGUUGAUCGAACGGUUGUCGACCACGACGUCCAAUUAAUAAAAUGAUCUGUAAACAUUUCUA